UAUACUACUACCGUGCAAACAACUACAGAUUCAUCCAACAAACUUAGCACUACUUCCGCUUUGGUACGUGACCUUUGUGGGCCGUGUUUGACGUCCCUUCCUUUCUGCUGUGACUCCAGCGCUAAUAGUACAAGUAUGGCUCCACGUAAGGGUAAAGAAAAGAAGGAAGAGCAGGUUAUCAGCUUGGGACCUCAAGUAGCUGAAGGCGAAAAUGUCUUUGGAGUCUGCCAUAUUUUUGCUUCUUUUAAUGAUACCUUUGUCCAUGUGACGGAUUUGUCUGGCAAGGAGACCAUCUGCCGAGUGACUGGUGGUAUGAAGGUGAAGGCAGACAGAGAUGAGUCCUCUCCAUAUGCUGCUAUGUUGGCUGCUCAGGAUGUAGCUCAGAGAUGCAAGGAGCUGGGAAUCACAGCUUUGCAUAUCAAACUGCGUGCUACUGGUGGAAAUAGAACAAAGACACCAGGACCUGGUGCUCAGUCGGCGCUCAGAGCUCUUGCUCGUUCUGGCAUGAAGAUUGGACGCAUUGAGGAUGUCACACCUAUCCCAUCUGAUAGCACUCGCAGAAAAGGUGGUCGCCGUGGACGACGUCUGUAAAUUGUGGAGUAUGUUUAUUGUUAAUAAAAGGAUUAAACCAAGAAAACUGUGCGACUUCUUGUUGAUUUUCGUUUGGUACUGUGACGAGUAAUAAAAAAACGAGGCUGGCAGCUGUCCUAAUAGUCUGGUUCACCAAGCACAUAGAGAGAAAUGUGCGUUUCCUCUUUGGAAGAGUUGCAUGCUGAAGCACAAAGAUAGGCGAAGUUGCAUCAUAGUUGCAAUGGAAUCUGACACUGUAUAUUCACACAGUAAAAAUGACAGAUUAAUAUCGUG